GAUAGCAACACUAGUUCUUUUGUGUAGUGAAGUGAACUCGCAGUGAGCCAUUCGUCAAAAUAAAGGGGCAAUUUGUUCUAAAAAUUAACUAAAAAUUACCUGAUUACACAUUUAAAUCUCAAAAAUGGCUGAGUCUGAUGUAGUGGAUUUAGAUUUAACAAUAGAUGAUUUGGUUCCUAAAAGCCCUGAAAGGUUGGCUGAAGAAAAGAAGGAAAGUGGUAAUCAUUUAUACAAAUUUAAAAAUUACAAAGGUGCACUGGCCAUGUAUGAUGAAGCAAUAAAAUUAUGCCCUGACAGUGCUGCCUAUUAUGGAAACAGGUCUGCUUGUUACAUGAUGCUGGGCAUGUAUAAGAAGGCCUUAGAUGAUGCUCAGAAAGCUGUUUCUUUGGAUUCAACAUUCACUAAAGGCUAUAUUCGUAUAGCCAAAUGCUGUAUUGCUUUAGGUGAUAUGUCUGGUGGAGAGCAGGCUGUUAAUAGAGCAAAAGAAUUAGGCGGCGCAGACUGCGCAACAAGCGAGCGUCGUGCCCUGGAGUCACUGAGGAGAUUGCAUGAAGAUGCACAGCGCGCAAUGGAGGCUUGUGAUUAUCGUCGUGUUGUGUUCUGCAUGGAUCGUUGUCUAGACUACAGCCCUUCUUGUACUAAGGCGAAGCUCACAAAAGCCGAAUGUUUGGCGAUGCUUGGGCGUUGUCAGGAAGCUCAAGAAAUUGCCAAUGAUUCUUUACGAUUUGAUAGCUUAGAUGCUGAAGCCAUAUAUGUGCGAGGACUGUGCCUUUAUUUUGAGGACAAAGAUGAGCAGGCAUUCAAACACUUCCAGCAAGUUUUGCGACUAGCUCCAGAUCAUAAAAAAGCAAUGGAAACAUACAAAAGGGCUAAAUUACUGAAACAAAAGAAAGAAGAAGGCAAUGAAGCUUUUAAAAUGGGACGAUGGCAACAAGCUCUUAACUUAUACAACGAAGCAUUGAAUAUAGAUAAGAACAAUAGAGCAGUCAAUGCUAAGUUGUAUUUUAAUAAGGCAACAGUUUGCGCUAAACUUAACCAAACGAAAGAAGCUGCAGAGGCCUGUACAGCGGCGCUAAAUCUCGACGAGAAUUAUGUAAAGGCAUUACUGCGACGCGCGAAAUGUUACACUGAACUCGGCGAUUAUGAAGAUGCAGUGAAAGAUUACGAAAGACUGUACAAAAUAGAUAAAAGCAAAGAAAAUAAGCAAUUUUUGCAUGAAGCCAAAAUUGCACUGAAGAAGUCCAAACGCAAAGAUUAUUAUAAGAUCUUAGGAGUAGAUAAGUCGGCGUCCGAAGACGAUAUUAAGAAGGCUUACAGGAAGCGCGCGCUUGUACAUCACCCGGAUCGUCACGCGGGCGCGCCAGAUAUCGAGCGGCGCGAACAAGAGCGCCGCUUCAAGGAGGUGGGCGAGGCUUACGGCGUCCUCAGCGACCCCAAGAAGCGCGCCCGCUACGACCACGGACAAGACCUCGACGACGAAGGCUCGGGAAUGGCUGAUAUCGACCCUAAUGUGGUAUUUCAGACAUUUUUCAAUCGCGGUGGACAACAUUUUAAUUUUGAUUCGACUGGUGGAUUCCCUGGAACAGGAUUCAGCUUUCAAUUUGGUUAAAAACUUUAUAAUUAAUAAAAACAAAAACUUAUUUUUUGCAAUUAACAGUUUUUACAAAAUAAUUUGUUCUUAAUUGUCAUUCCAUGAGCAAAAACAUAUUCAUGCAAUAUUAUAAUAUUAUGUGAAUAUAAAAUUCUGUCAUUCACUUUAUUAUUGCCAAUAAAAUAAUAGAUUCUAAUAGCAAGGUAAAGGAAAAGGAACCUUGUUAACAUUAUAAAAAUAUUCCCUCUAUAGAAUUAUUUACCACUCCUUUUAACAAUAUAGAUUUAUUUAAAUUGUACUAGAAAAAUUGUAAUUAGUUGUAAAAUUAAAAAACUAGUUUAUGGCCCUCAUUGUUCGUGAAAUGCUACACGACAAAUAUCGUUCAGUUUAAUCAAAAUUUUAGUAAUCAAAUAUUAAAUCGAAAUUUAUUUAACGAAAUUAUAUUUUGUAUUUAUUUCAUUUCUCAAAUUUACGAUUAUUUAUAUUUAUUUCUACUUUAAAUCGUCGUAAAUUUAAAAUAUGAAAUAAAUGCAAAAAGGUUAUUGUUGUGUAUGACCAUAUUGACAACCAUGUUAAAUUUGAAACAGAGUAGGUAAUCGGUAAUGUAUAUAAUUCAUUCCAUGAAACAAAUCCUAACAUUCAAUGAAUUAAUUUUUGAUCAAUAUUUACUAUCAUAGAUGUCACUAGAUUCUCUCUGCUUAAAUAAUACAUUUACCUUUCUAUUAGAUUAUAUUGAAAUAAACUAUCCAUGUUAUAUAUAACCUAUGUAUAUAGAUUAUAAUAUAUACAUAUAUAAUUAUUUCUCCAAUCUAUCAUGAAUUGGAUGGCUUACUUUUUAAUUAUCCUAAAUAUUACUACAGUUUAAAUUACCAUUAUCCCAGAAAUAACAAACGUUAUACAUCAUUAUAAAACUUACUUAGUGAUAAUUAUAACGUUGACUGAUUUGGUUAAGUAACUUUAUUUUUUUCACUAUCCUCUCAAGUGUGGUGAGUGGACAUAUAAUUAUUAUUUUGCUAAGGAAAGUAAAGGCAAAGGGCCUUGUAUUGUUAUGUCAUAUAUCAGCAGUGUAAACGAGCGUGUUUGAACAAUUAAAAAUGUAUAAUAUAGAUUAAUAAAAAACAUGUGAUUGAAUUUCGUUUUUAAUAACGCGUGUAAAACUUUUAUAAAAACGUACAACACCAUGCAGAUUUAUCUGCUAUAUUAUAGUGUAUUAUGUAUUAAUGUGAAAUUGCAAUGCAAUUAUCGCACAAUACCACUCACGCUGCAGUAUUUCAUUCCAUUGAAGUCGACACUCUAAUAAUCUUCAAUGGUGGAGUAUUAUGUACAAUAUUUUACAUGAACCAUUCUUUCAACUGUUUCGGUGAAUUAUUUUAUGUAAUAGAAUUAUAACCUUUUAUGACAAUAGCAAUCACCAAAUGUAGAAUUAUCGACCCGAUUUUGAUGUUGGUACUUAAUUAUAGUCGACAGGAUUUAUUGCCGAAUAAAUUCAAUUACUUGCCAAAAACAUGUUUGGGACACAACAAAUAUUUGUACUUGAUAAAUCUACAAAAUAAGUACCUACAAGUAAAUAAAAUAUUUCUCUUUUAAACAUAAUUUUAGUAAAACAUUGGUAGUAGGUCUGUUAUAAUCGGUAAACCAAUAAAAUUUACAGUCUAAUGGUC